AUGGCGGCGGACAUCAAGGAGCAGUUGCUUGGCGUGACCUUGAAGCAUAUACAGGGCCGUGUGUUUGAGGCAGAUGAGUUCUACAAGGCCCUCGAGCCUCUGGGAACCCCGGCGGCCUACGCGGAGGCGCUUGUGGACGUCUUUUGGAUUACGGCUAUUCCCUCGACUUGCAGGAUGCUGUGGGUGCGCUUUGAGGUUGGGCGUGGGCCGGAGAGCAUGAACCUGGUCGCAGCGAUUAAAGCGUGCUGGCAGGAUAAGAGGGUGACGGAGAAGCAGCUGCUCCAGGUUCUGGAGCCGGACUGCCUGCACACCGUGGGGCUGAUCCGGGAUAAGAGCGUGUGGGACAAGAAGGCGGUGCGCUACAACACCAAACUCAACUACACCAUCCUUAAGUACAACCUGCUCCGGGAGGACGCGGAGGGUUAUGCCAAGCUGGUAACCCUGUACAACCACUUUGGAUCGGGGGCUGUGGGGAAGGAGGAUCUUCCCUACCUGGCCCGGGAGCUGCAGUCCCUGAUCGGCUCCUUCGACCUGGACCCCAACCGCUGUCUGGACCUGCUGCUGGAUGCGGCGGCCGCUCAGCCUCACAACACUGCCCUGCUGGAGGCGGUGGGGCUGCUCAAGGGCGAGGCGGUAGGGCAGCUGUUGGGCUUCAAACUGGAACAGUACCAGGACCCCUCCCGGGAUCCUGCCCCUCGCGAGCUCCUGCUGGUGGCCGCCCACCUGGUCCGCACCGGCCGCACCAGCCUGCAGGAGCUGCUGGGCCACCUGUCGCCCUCGGACGAGCAGCAGGCGACAGGACAGCGCAGCGCCCGGGAGGCGCUCAUGCGGCGUGUGGGGGACAUUGGGCAGAUCAACUUGGGCGCCGCAUCUGGGGGUGAUGCAGCGGCGGGCGGGGAUGGGGGAGACGGCCGGGACCGCAACGGCAAGGGCGGCCAGCAGCCGGACGCCAGCGGCCGCAACGUGCGCAGCACGGGCCUCUCCGCGGCCUCGUUUGAGCUGGAUCCCUCCGCAGCGGUUGGGCCCCUGGCUCUGGGACCUGACCCUCGCCACAACCAGCCGCUAGCUCUGCUGGAUGCACUGCUGCAGGUGGGUGCCUGGGACGCGGCAGUGGAGCUUCACGACCGGCUGGUGGCGCAGGGGGCUACACCCGCCGCCCACCCGCCCAUUUCCGAAGCGCUGUCGCGGCUGCUGGCUGCUGAGGUUGCGCCCGCGUAUGACAGCCUGUUUCCGCAGGGUGUCCUGGGCAGAAAUGCGCUGUGGGGCGACGUGCCGCCGUCCGGGGCGACAUCUCCGCAGCUGAGCCCCAUGGCCCUCCGGCUGCUCAACAUGCUGGGGCUGUACAUUCACCGCGACGUUCGACUGUUCAUUAAGGUACUGCGGAUUUUGCGCUACCAGCUCGCCUUCCCGUUAACUAAUGAUUCGGGGCCGGAACUUGGGGCCGGGGCAGCAGCCAUAACCUCAACGGCAGGGGCGCCACAGGCCAACGGACAGCCGCAGCAGACUACGGCCGCCGCCGUGCCCCGCAGCACCAUGGGCCAGAGGCCUGAGCGGUACGGGCCCCUGGACGAGCUGCUGGCGAUGGUGCUGCUACCUGCUCUUAGCUGCUGCCCGGUGCAUCUGCCCCUGGCGGCGGAUGUCUGGGAGUGCGUCAAACUACUGCCCGUGCAAUCCAGAUACCGCAUCUAUGCAGAGUAUAAGGAGCUGUCCCAGUCUCAGCCCCUGCUCCAGGCUGCUUGGCGACUUGCCACCGUAGAGACCAAGAAAGUCCUCAAGCGCCUGGUCCUACCCACGGAUCCUCAGAAGAAGAAGGAGGCGUGCAGGCCGCACGCGCGCAUGGUGGCCAAGGUAGCCCACGCUAACCCGUUGCCGGUCAUGGAGGCGAUUGUGACGCAGAUCGAAGUAUACGACAACCAAAUCGAGGUUUCCCUGGAGGCUCUCAAGUACUUGUCGUCCUUCAGCUACGACAUGCUGACCUUUGUCAUCCUGUCCCGGCUUGCCAUUGAGAGGGACAAGGUGAAGGAGGACGGUGUCAACAUCUCUGGAUGGCUACAGUCGCUGGCUAGGUUUACCGGCGCCGCCUGCAGGCGGUUCUCCGACCUGGACGUGGGCGCGGUGCUGCAGUUCCUGGUGAACACGCUGAGGGGGGGGGACUCGUUUGACCUGCUGGUGCUGCAACAGAUCAUCGUGGCCAUGACGGGUGUCCGUUUGGAAGCAGUUCUGUCCGAUGAGCAGCUAGACGCUCUGGCGGGCGGUCCGGAGCUGGUGGCAGAAGCGGUGGUGCUGGAUGCCGGCGAGGCGGACGCGGCACUGGGCAUGGGUCGCACCGCAAGCGCCAAGGACCUGGCCAAGGGGCGUCAGCGGCUGCUGAGGGCAUUAGAGGACUACGACAGCCGGCGGCUGGGCGUCAGCGGCGGCAGCUGCUCCCUGACGCUGCCUCUCCUCAUCCUCACGGCGCAGCAGCGGUCCAUCAUCAUUAACCACACUGACUCCAAGCUCAUCAAGUUCAUAGCUACCAUGUACGACAGAUGCCAGGACACGCUGCUGCACCUGACGGAGUUCCUGCGACUGGCCCUGCCGGUGGAGUCGUACGCCGACAUGCUGCCCACGCCAGACGUGCUCAGGCGCGAGUACGGGAUCGACGUGGAGGUGGUUUGGCACAUCUACCGGCCCGUCAUGGCGCGGCUGUUGGACGCGGCGGCCCCUCAGCCUGCCGAGGAGGGGGAGCUGGAGGAGGGCGAGGAGGGCGCCGCGCCGGCGGCUGGCCCGGCCGAUGCGCCCCCGCGUGAGGAGCCGCGCGUGGGUGACAAGACCUGGGGCGGUGUGCUGGCGGGUCUGCCGGCAUGUGCGGGGAACUCGGCUCUGUGGUCGGUAGUCACGCCGGACCUGUACACCACGUUCUGGUCGCUGCAGCUGCAGGACAUCUACGUGCCGGUCAAGAGGUACGAGAAGGAGCUUUCCAAUGUGAAGGACCAGCUGCAGCUCCUAGAUAACAACUACAUGAACUACAUUCGGCCAGGGCUGCAGAGCAACAGCGGCUACGUCUCGAACAACCUGCAGCAGCAGUACGAGCAGUACAAAGUGGAGAAGGCGGCGCUGCAGGAGAAGCAGUCCCGCCUCACCGCAGAGCUGGAGCAGCGGCGGCGCCACGUAGACGAGGUGAAGCAACGGCUGGUGCUGCAGCGUGCCGGCUUCUUCCUGCCGCGGGCACCGCCGCCGCAGCAGCAACAACCGCAGCAUCAGCAGGCUGGGCAGCAGCAAGAGGAGGGGGCGGAUGCGUCGAAGCCAGCAGCUCCGGCAGCGGCUGGCGCUGCCGCGACGGCGAAUGGACCAAAGGGAGCUCCCUCUGGUGCGGCCGGCGGGGCUAUGGCGUCAGGGGCAAAUGCUGCGGGACCGGGAGGGCCAGCUCGGCCCCCCGCCCGCAACGUCCCGGCCUUCUACGCAGUGGCUCAGGAGAUGUUCCUUCCUCGCAUCCUGUUCAGCGCCAUGGACGCCGUGUACUGCGCCCGGCUGAUCCUGCUGCUGCACCACAUGGAGGUCCGCCACUUCUCACUCAUACCCUUCCUGGACAGCACUUUACGCGCCACCAUCCCCGUGUUGCGCUCCAUGACGGAGGUGGAGGCCAACAACUUUGGAGUGUUCCUGUUUGAGAUGCUAAAGCAGCUGGUGGCAUGGCACCGAGAUGAAAAGCUGUUCAACGAUGACUGCGUCCGCAAGACUGCGGCACUUGCCAACGUCAAGCAGCCGCACAACGUGUUCAAGUCCAAGAUGAUGUUGUGGCACGGCAUCAUCAGCUCCACCUUCCGAGCCUCCAUUGAGAGCGGGGACUACACACAGAUAGCCAACGCGUUGUCCGUCAUGGGCCGACUGGUUACGGUUUGGCCGGGUACGGUACCCUCCGCCAACUCCUUCCGUCAGUGGGUGGAGAAGCUGCAGAAAGAGGAUCCCCGCGAGGACAUCAAGACCAUGGCCCGCUCCUACCUCAUUGCUCUUAGCCGUGAGGCAGAGAAGCCAGGCCGCAUGAUGUCACAGUUGGAGUACGGUGGGCCGCAGGUGGUGGAGCGGCAACGUGCCAUGGCCAGUAGCGCGGCGGGCCGAGGUGCCGCGAAUUCGCCGGCGGCCGCACCCAAGGGCACCACCCGGCCAGUUGCCGGACCCGGCCAGCCAGCGGCGGCAGGGGGCAGUGCCGCGGCGGCGGCACCAACCGCAGGUGAAGGCGGCCACAAGUCGCUCAACGUCGCCGCCAAGCCCUUUGUGCCCCGAGGAGCAGGCCCACCUGAGUCAGCCGCGGCGCCCGGCGGUGGCGGAGGUGGCGUCUCCACGGCAGCGGGCGGCGCGGCAGACGGUGGCGACGCCGCCGCGGGGGAUGCUAAAGACGGGCGCGGUCUUGCAACCGUGCGGAAGCGGCCCCGAGGCGAGGGGAGGGCUGACGGCGACAAGGCCGAGGCCCCGGCUGUGGUAGCUGAGAAGGCUGAGAAAGCGGCCGCUGGCGCUGACGUAGGCAGUGGUUUGAAAAAGCAGCGUGUCGAGAGCGGUGUUGGAGCUCAGGCGGGUGGUGCUGCAGCAGCCGCGGCCGCAGCAGCUGACGACACUCGGUCCAACGUUGCAGGGGGGAACAAGGUCCGAGGGGUUGGCGGUGGUGGCGGCAGCGGUGGUGAUCGCGAUGGCACGGAUACAAUGUCCGAGGCCGGCGGUCGGGCAGGCUCCGAGACCAGCGGCCGUGUUGGCGCGGACGGGACGUCCGGCGGGCGCGAGGGCAAGUCGGAGAAGGAGCACAAAGAACAUAAGCGGUCAAAAGACAAGGACAGGCAAGUACGGAGCCUGCAAAAGGGCAUAGAGAAGGAGCGGGGUGGCAACAAGGAAAAAGAUAAAGACAAAGACAAGGAGCGGGGGAAGGGCGACAGAGAGGACAAGGACGAGUCCCGACGUGAGGAGAAGGAGCGCCGGCGCGAGGAAAAGGAGCGGGAGCGAGCUGAGAAGGCGGAGGAGGCGCGUGCGGCGGCCAAGGCGGUGUUUCCGGACCGCGAUCGCGCGGCUGGUGACAGCAAAGAUAACAAGGAUGGCCGUGGGGAGAGGGUCCCGGGCUCCUCGACUGCGGUGGAGAAGGCCGACCGUGAGCGCAGUGAUGUCAAGGGCAGUGGAGGCCGUGUGGGGGUUGGCCCGGCGGACAACGGCAGCUCCAAGGACCGGGAAGUCCGGGCAUCCUCCGCGGAGCGGUCCAGGGAUCGCCACGGCAAUCGCCGCAUCGGGUUGCCUGAAGAUGCCGCUGACCGGGAGCGCGACACGGCAGAUGGUGGCGGGAAGCGGCGGAGAAUGGACGGCAAGUCGGAGGGAGGCAGCGGCGGCGGGGUCGGCGGGGUCGGCGGCAGCCCUGGCCACGGCGGUCUUUCUGGGCGGUUGGGCAGCAUAACACCGGAGGUUGGAACCGCCGGCCGAAGGAGCGGCGCCGAUACGGAGAUUGAGUACGACGAGAGGGGCGGGUUUGCGCUACCACCGGCGCCUGCAGUGCAGCACCGGAUGCGCGACGGCGAGGUGGCCGAAAUGCAAACCGCGCUGCAGUCGGCGCAGCCGCCGGCCCCGCGGGGCAGCAGCAGCAGCAGCGGCAGACAUACAGAGCCGGCUGCACACGGAGGUCGCAGUGGUGGAGUGGAGCACACGGUGGCGGGGGAGCAACGGCAGCAGCAGCGACAGCAGCGGCAGCAAACGAAGCUGCGCCUAGCCAAGCUGUCAAAAGUACAGCUCAAGUAUCUGGAUUACCUGAGGCAGCUCAUUCUGUUGUUAAAUCAACAUGGCGUCUUACAUCCUGAAGCUCUGGGGCGCUCCGGGGCCUGCAACGUUCAACUGCCGGAGGAAGUCCGUUUGAAGGCUGAAAGCCUGAAUCAGAAGCGCGAGGAGUACCUGCAACGUCUUCGCGCCGAGAGCCAGUCAGUGCCCUCCACGGAGGACUUCCAGUGCUUCCACCUCUGGCGCUCUUCGAAGGAGGCGGCGGCGGGGGAGGGAGGGAGGUGGAAGGGUAUCUUGGAACUGUGCGUGAAGGGGGAGCCGCCCGUGCGCCUCAAGAGUGCACAGAUCUGGGCCGCAUCGAUUGUGGUGGUGCCCGUGGAUUCCAGCGAGGGGAGCGCGGCUUUGGCAGCUGCAGCCGCGCGGCGGUCCGCGUCGAUGGAGAUACUGGCCGAUGUCAAUAUUCCCUUCUUCAUCGACCCCGCCAAGCCGGUGCGCGCUGCACCUGCAGUGAGAUUCCAGAACCACCUGGCCCGCUACGAGCACAUCAUUCCAGAAGUCGGGGUACUCACGUUCCACGACCGACCUGACUUGGACAGGAUGCUGCACCAGUUCCAGGAGCAGGGCUUGUUCACGGAGUCUGCCCCGGACACUGUUCUCUGUGCGGAGUCGUCUGUGGCCUUUCACGUAGGGCCCCUGCGGGGGCGCCACUUGACGGUGUUCCUCAUAUCAAGCAAAUGCGGCUGGGCGUGCAAAGUGCUGGCUGCCGUACUCCCGGAGGAGCAGCGCCGCCAGUUCCUGCAGAACGAGGGCUUCUUGCUGAUGAUGCAGCUGGAGCCGCAACUUGCAGCAGAAGCUGCAGGACCGGCAGCAGCACCGGCGCCGUGCCAAGCAGCAGCGACACCACCGCCGCAGCCAGCACUGUUGCAGCACCCGCAGGCCAUAACAGCGCCGCCAGCACGUCAUUCCGCUGACCCAAGUAGCCAUCGGCCAUCGGUAUCUUGGCCGCCGCCGCCGCCGCCGGGGGCGGCAAUGCCAAUACCGCCGCCGACGGCGGCAUAUGCUGCCCCUUACUAUGCAGCAGCGGUGUAUCCUCCUCCUCCUCCUCCUCCUGGGGUCUACCCUGCGGGCCUAUUGUCUAGGGAGGCAGCGAUGGCUGCAGCCGCAACGGGGACCGCGCCAUCCUGCUGGCACCAGCACCAGCACCUGCAAGAGCAAGAGGAGACAUUGGUGGUGACCCGGGCAUACUGGCGCAGCACAGCCCGGGAGCAACAACCCCCACAGGACUGCGCUGCAGCAGCUGCAGCAGCCGCUGCUGCCGCUGCAGCUGCUGCGGGCUCGGCGACGUCUGGGCUGGGCUUCCCGCUGGGGAUGCUGCCGCCCGCUGCAUGGUACCUGAACCACCCUCCGCCUUCUCACCGGCCGCCGCCGCCGUUGCCAUUAGCGCCGCCAGCAGACCAUCACUGCAGUCAUUACAACCCUUUGCUUGAAGAGUCAAAGCCACCAUCACCAUCACCAUUAUCAGCAGCACCAGCAGCACCAGCAGCGCAGCCGUGUUCGGCCACGCCACUGCCGCCGUCGAUCAUCUGUGACCCGUCGACCCGCAGGAGGACCACAGAGGCACCCGCUGAGCCACCCGUCGUGGGCCACCAGCACCAGCACCAGACCCGGUCUCAGCAAACCAAAGCACCGCCGUCGCCGCCAGCUAGGGCCCCGGCAGGCUCCUUGCGUGGCGCGAAUUGCAUGGCAUCGGGGCGCAGGAGGGGUCCCCGUAUUAGUGCGGCGCAGCUUGAGGAACUGAAGGACGUCUUCAGGGCGUGGAUGGACGAUGGGCUCAUGCACUGGUGCAGUGACGCAACCAAUCUUAAAAAGAAACUCGAGCCGUUCGGAAUGAAGGUGGCAGAGUUCGCUGAGCGGUACAUGCUGGACGAGGUGCACGUGCGCCGCGACCUCGGCUGCGGUGGAGCGGCCUGCAUUCCGAAGAAGCCGGUGGUGUGCUACGAAGGUGACAGCGACUUUUCAGACGACGAAUACUGA